UAUCUGAUCUUGGUAUGACAGAUUCAUUCCGCUCACAAAUAACUGAAAAGUCAAAAAUGACAUCUGCUCAAUUGACGUCAUAUUAUAACAUGAUACCAAAGAGAACAAAUCCUACGAAAGGUGGAUCAGUAGGGGUGCCAGUUAAAGUAUGGACAAAUAUGUUCAAGAUUAUAUUCGACAAUAAGUUUGUAACCAACGCAGUUCAUUAUGAUAUUGAUAUUAAGCCUUACAAAGAGAAAGAGGACAAAAAGAAAGCUAAUAAAAAGAUUAAAAAGGAACUUAAUCUUCCUAAACCUUUAUGCAGGAGUAUUUUUGAACAAUGUAGAAAUAAACAUUUUAAGAAUAGAUAUCCGGCAUAUGAUGGGAAGAAAAAUGCGUAUAGCGCGAAUGAUCUUCCUAUCGAUGAUAUGGCGGAUGUUUUUGAGCACCAAAAUCAAGAGGGGCGAAGGAACCGAUAUCAAAUUGUUAUAAGGAAAGUGGCUAAUGUUGACCUUAGCUGGAUAAAAAAUUUGAGACCUGGUCGUCUGGAAGAGAGAGAUCAAACUUCCAUACAAGUUUUAGAUAUAAUUAUGCGUUAUGCACCCGAAUCACAGUUUAUUACCAUCGGAAAGUCACUCUACUGGGAUAUAAAUGAGAAUGAACCAUUAGGUGGUGGCUUAGCUCUAGCGCGCGGUGGAUUUAUGUCUGGGAUACUUGGCUGGAGUCUGUAUCUAAAUAUAGAUGUUUCUCAUAAAGGAUUUACCAUGAAGCAGAGAGUACUUGACUAUAUAGCUGAAGUUUUAAGGGUCAGAGAAAACAACAUUACUUACAAUGGUGUCAUGCGUGAAUCUAAGAUACAAAGUUUUUUGAGAGGCUUAAAAGUGACUUAUAAAAUACCCAACGUAUCGAGGCAGACGCAUCGCAUAAUUAAAUUGAGCCAUAAAGAUUGUAAUACAGAAUUCAAACAGGAGUCAUCAGAUGGAACGAGAACAAUAUCAAAAACAACAACAAUAAGAAAAUACUUUUGGGAGUCCAAGAAAUAUAAUAUACGAAGGCCUGAUUUGCCUACUCUUCAUGUGAGCACGACGUCUAACGGAAGUGAAAUUUUGCUGCCUAUCGAAUUAUGCACUAUUAUGCCGAAUCAGCCUAUUAGAAAGCUGGACGAAGAGCAAACUACAAACAUGAUCAGAAAAGCAGCAACUAAUGCGAUUACUCGUAAAGAAAGAAUAGAGGCAGCGUUCAACACAAUCCAAAUUAACAAUAGUCCCGUCAUGUCAAGAGAGUUUCAUCUAUCUGUCCACCCAAAAAUGGAAGACGUACAGGCCAGAGUUUUACCUGCUCCAGAAUUGAGAUAUUCCAGAGGAAAGGCACAAGUAAGACGAGGGACAUGGUAUAUUCAACCAUUUAACGAACCCAAACAUUUGGAGAAGUCAACGUGGACUAUUGUCAAUAUGUCUGGAAUGUCGAACCUGCAGCCUGCUAUGCAAGAAUUCGCGACAAUGUUGCAAACUACUGCAAAGGAAGUUGGUAUGAUAAUUGAGCGGCCUCGUUUAUUUGAUGGAUCUUCUUUUAGAUUAAACGAAUUAGAUAAAAUUACACAAUUCUUCAUUGACAAUAAGAAGUUAAAAUUAAUAAUAGUUAUCAUACCUAAUCGCACAGACGUAAUGUAUGGUAAAUUAAAAAAGAUUACCGAGAUGGACGUUGGUGUUUUAACACAAUGUAUAAAACUUCAAACUUUAAAGAGACUUGAUCAGUACAAACAAGUAACGACAGUAAGGAACAUUCUGCUAAAAAUAAACUCAAAAUUAAAUGGCGUUAAUCACAUAUUUGAUAGAAUGCCAGCAUGUCUGAACGAAAAAUAUCCUUGUAUGCUUGUUGGCGCCGACGUGACUCAUCCGUCUCCCGAUUCUAAAGAUUCACCAUCUAUAGCAGCGGUUGCUGCAAGUAGAGAUAAAUCAGCUUUCCGAUAUAAUGUUGCACUUAGACUUCAACAACCCAAAGAAGAAAUGAUUUUAGAUCUUGAAGAAAUAAUACUAACGCAACUUAGAGUUUAUCAGCAGGAAACAAAAUGUUGUCCAAAGAGAAUCGUUUAUUAUCGAGACGGAGUCAGCGAGGGGCAACUUCCACAAGUUAUGUAUUACGAAAUAGGAGCUAUAAAAAAAGCGGUCAACGCUUUUACUAAAUUCACUCGCGGCAGUAAUAUUGAAAUUAAUUGCUUGGUCGUUCAGAAGAGACACCAUGUGCGUCUCUUCCCUAAGUCCAAAGAUAUACGUGACACCGAGGACACAAGAAAUUAUAACGUGAAACCGGGUACAAUUGUCGACACGACUAUUACCCAUCCAGAGCACAUUGAUUUUUAUCUUGUAUCACAUGCGAGUAUUCAGGGUACAGCGAGGCCUACAAAAUACAGAUGCAUCUACAACGAAUCCAACUUUACCGAAGAUCAGCUUGAAGAGUUGACAUAUUAUCUUUGUCAUAUAUAUGCCCGCUGUGCAAGAGCGAUAAGCUAUCCGGUGCCUACCUAUUAUGCUCAUUUAGCAGCUUAUCGUGGAAGAGCCUUGAUACAAGGGAACAGAGACUUUAGGUUGAGUGACUUGGAAAGGGAACAGAGAAACUUUAUAAUAAGAAUGGGAGAUUCACCAAUGUUUUUUGUUUAAGGAUAGAUAUUCAUGAUUUCAAGGAUUUCCGAGGAUCGCUUUGUAGUUGAGACAUAAUGUCCAACCGAUGUCCACACAAACCGAUCUUCGAAUCCCCUUCAAUAAUUAUAAAUAGAUUAUUCAUUAAUGUAUUAAUGAGUAUUGCUCACACACACACAGUUUUUCUCUUUUGUUUUUAUGUAUUAUAUCUCAAUCGUAUGAUUAUCACAAAUAUGACGCAACAAAAAGAAAAAAAGAAAGAUUUAUAGAACAAGCUAUAUCGAAACAAUACCAUUAACUUUGUCUUUCUUUAAUCAUUUUUCUUUUUAUUGCUUGUGACUUUAUAAUUGUGAAUAACCAUUAUAUUAUAUAUAAUAAUAUAUAUGACUUAUAGGUCCAUGCAGAUGUAUGCAUUUUUAUGUAUAGUACUAUAACGUUGAAAAAUACGUAUCUGCGCAUGUUAACUAUUUGUUAUUAGAAAGACUAGAAAAAGAUGGUAAUGGACUAUGGUCCAUAUUCUCAACUCUCUUUUAUUGACAAAAGCGCGCUUUUUAUUUCUGAAAUGUCAUAGUGUAUGUAAUAUGAACUGUAUAGCAUCUCAGAAAUAAAAGCGCGCUUUUAUCGAUAAAAGACGGUUCAGAAUGUAGGCCUAUGACUAUAUGAUAAAAUGUAUAGUCAUAUGUGCGCUUCGUAUCUUUACAUCCACAUAUGAACUAAAUAGCCCUGUGGACAAGGUUUACUAAUUAUAAUUUUUAAUAGAAAGUUAUUCAAAUGUCUAGACGGUAGUUAUUGCACAUGCAAUAUGCUGAUGUCGUAGUACUAUAUCCAACUUUUAUGAUCUGUAUUUUCAUGUUUGAAAAUAUAAAAUUUAUAUAUAAGGAAUUACAUUUAAGAUCAUAUACUCGUUAAAAAAGAGACAAAUAAAUGGUGUUUAUAC